AUGAAGGCCGGCGGAUCUUCACCACCGUCAGGAUCAUUGCCAUCGACAGCAGAACCAUGGCCAUUGUGGAGCCGUUUUGGCUCAAGCGCUUUUGCCCCGUUCGCUCCGCAAGCGCGCCGCCCCAGGCUCGUCCCGGCAGUGCCCUGGGCAGCCAUGGCUCUCUCGGCGUUCGCGGUGGCCCCGACGCAGCCGGCCGCGCCUGCCGGGCGUUUCCUCGCGCCUGCGGCGGAGGCUCGGGGCCGACCCGAGCCUUCGGGCGCGGAGUCCUCCGUGCACGCGGCGGUGGGCCCCGGCGUCGUCGGGCUCGCCGCGGCAGGGGGCGCGGCGGCGCUCGGCCUGCGGCGGAGCGGGCGAUCGAAGAGGUCCGGCGGGGCCCGCGGCGCCAGGGUCGUCGCGUGCGCCCGCGGCGGCGAGGCAGACCUGCGCGCGUGCAUCCCCCUGGAGGAGCUCCGCAACAGCGACGUGCCGAAGGUGGGCGGCAAGAGCGCGUCCCUGGGCGAGAUGAUCGGGGGGCUCGCGGACGCCGGCGUCCCGGUGCCCGGGGGCUUCUCCACGACGGCCCAGGCGUACAAGGAUUUCCUCCUGCAGGACGGCCUGGGCGAUAGGAUCAACGCGGCGCUCGAGGACGAGGCCAUCUACACCGACGUGACCAGGCUGCAGGAGGUGGGGAAGAAGGUGCGCCAGAUGGUCAUGGACCAGCCUCUGCAGGCCGAGUUCGAGGAAGAGCUGAAGAGGCAGUGGGAUCGCGUCUCGCAGGGGAACGAGGGCUUCCAGGUCGCCGUGCGCUCCUCCGCCACCGCGGAGGACCUCCCUGACGCGUCGUUCGCCGGCCAGCAGGAAACGUACCUGAACGUGUCUGGGUACGAAAACUUGAAGGAGAAGGUGCACCAGUGCUACGCCUCCCUCUUCACAGAUCGCGCCAUCUCCUAUCGCCACGACAAGGGCUUCGACCAUAGGACGGUGCAGCUGUGCGCGUGUGUGCAGAAGAUGGUCCGCAGCGAGACGGCGUCCGCGGGCGUGAUGUUCACCCUCGACACCGAGUCUGGUUUCACGGACGUCGUCUUCGUCACCUCGGCUUGGGGCCUCGGGGAGACCGUGGUCGGUGGGACCGUCAACCCCGACGAGUUCUACGUCUUCAAGCCGACGCUGCAGGAGGGCAAGAACGCAGUGGUGUCCAAGACAAUGGGCUCCAAGCUCGUCAAGAUGGUCUACGCCAAAGAGGGCGGCAGCGAGACCAUCGACACCACCGCGGAGGAGCGACGCACCUGGUCUGUCACGGACGAGGAGGUCACGCAGUUGGCCCAGAUCGCCAUGAAGAUCGAGAAGCACUACGGCAGGCCCAUGGACAUCGAGUGGUGCAAGGACGCCGACGACGGCCUGCUCUACGUCGUCCAGGCCCGCCCAGAGACGGUGGCAUCGCGCCAGAAGAAGAACGUGCUCGAGACAUACUCCAUGGAGGAGCGCGGCGCGGUCUUGUGCGAGGGACGAGCAGUCGGCGGCCGCAUCGGCAGCGGUAAGGUCAACAUGCUGACCAGCCUGGACGCCAUGGCUGACUUCAAGGCUGGAGACGUGCUCGUUGCCGACAUGACCGACCCCGACUGGGAGCCAGUGAUGAGCAAGGCCUCCGCGAUCAUCACCAACCGCGGCGGUCGCACCUGCCACGCGGCCAUCAUUGCCCGCGAGCUCGGCAUCCCUGCCAUCGUCGGCAGUGGCGACGCCACGGAGAAGGUUAAGAAUGGUGACAUGGUGACCGUUUCCUGCGCGGAGGGAGACACUGGCUUCGUGUACGAGGGGGAGCUCAAGUUCAAGAAGGAUGUCAAAGAUUUGGAUACGCUCCCCGAGAUUGGCUUCAAGAUUAUGAUGAACGUGGGCAACCCCUCAGCCGCCUUCGAGUUCGGGCAGAUCCCUAACGAGGGCAUCGGACUUGCCCGAUUGGAGUUUGUAAUCAACAACGCGAUCGGCAUCCACCCGAAGGCGCUGCUCAAUUACGACACCAUCGACCCCGAGACGAAGGCCAUCAUCGACGGGAAGAUCAAGGGGUACGAGUCGCCCGUGGAGUUCUACGUCUCGAAGAUCGCGGAGGGCGUGGCGACCCUGGCAGCCUCCGUGUACCCGAAGCGCAUCAUCGUGCGCCUCUCGGACUUCAAGUCGAACGAGUACAAGUCCCUGGUGGGAGGGGAGGCCUACGAGCCCGACGAGGAGAACCCGAUGAUCGGCUUCCGCGGUUGCGGACGCUACGCGGACCCCGCGUUCGAGGAGUGUUUCGCGCUGGAGCUCAAGGCGAUGAAGAGGGUGCGCGAAGAUAUGGGCAUGACGAAUGUGGAGCUGAUGAUCCCUUUCGUGCGCACGUUGGACAUGGCGGCGGACGUGCUCGACAUCCUGAAGAAGAACGGCCUGGAGCGCGGCGCCAACGGUCUGAAGGUGAACAUGAUGGCCGAAUUGCCCUCGAAUGUCUUCCUCGCCGAGGAGUUCUUGGAGUACUUCGACGGCUUUUCCAUCGGCAGCAACGACCUCACGCAGCUGACCCUCGGGCUGGACCGCGACUCGGGCCUGGUUGCCCAGUACUUCGACGAGGAGAACCCGGCGGUGCUGAAGAGCCUGUCGAUGCUUAUCCAGGCCGCCAAGAAGAAGGGCAAGUACGUGGGCAUUUGCGGCCAGGGCCCUUCCGACAAACCAGAGUUGGCCAAGUGGCUCAUGGACGAGGGUAUCGACUCGGUGUCCCUGAACCCUGACAGUGUCAUCCCGACCUGGCUGUACCUGGGUGGAGCGACCCCGGAGUGA